GAAUCUGUUCUCAGUCAGUCAGGAAAGAUGGCGGCCCCUACAAAACAGUAAGUUGCAAACAUGUUCGUGUUGUUAACGUACGAUAAUAUUACAUUAUAGCUUAUUCUAUUUGUUUGGGUUUUGUGUGCUUGGAGGCAAUGGUUAUACUGCUUAGUGCUUAUUUCUAAUUAAAGACCGAUAUUUUUUGUAUCUCUAUCGCUACUUUGUUUGCUGGUUAACGAUGUGCUAACCUUGUGCUAACCAGCGUUUGUCUAACCCAAAUCAUGUUUACUUUUAUAUCAUAUAAUGUAGCAAUACUUGGGUUGUCUUUUCUUUGGGUAAUUUGAACACACGCUUUACUUCUCAUGCUAUCAUUUUUUAGUAGCAGAAGUUCAAAACAACAGACUUCGAUGUCAUUCAUUCAGUUGUCUUAACACUAGUGUCAGAUGUAAACCUUUGUAUUUGAACCAGCAGAGAUCCCCCUUUUCUGAAUGAAUUGGAGAAAUGUAUGUUUGUGAAAUAAACAUGCAAGUUUGCUGCAAGAGAGAAAAAGCAUUUUUCCUUUAAUUUUCUAAAGGUAUGGGCUGAUCUUGCCUCAGAAGAAAGGAGCAUCAAAGACUUCAAUGCUGCAAAAACCCUCUGUGUUUGGAGAUGACUCAGAUGAUGAGGUGUGCAAACUUCUGUAUUUGUUUUAAGCAGGAUGUCAUAAAUCAUAAGCUGUCACACCCUUUUUUUUUGCAAAAGUAAAUUAAUUUGUGUGUUUUGUUUGUCAGACGUCUGUUGGGGAGAGUCUGCAAAAAGAAGCUGUCAAAAAGAAGAUGAUGAAGCAGGUCGGUGGAACAUUUAAAAAGUAAGGUAUUUUAUCUACGAUUGAUAUUUUCCGCUCAGUCCUUCAUCUGUCUUUCUCUUCCCCCCGUACAAAGACACGUUUGGAGAUGCAGAAAGCCCUGGAAGAGGACAGCACAGUGUACGAUUACGAUGCUGUGUAUGAUGACAUUCAAAAGCAGAGGAUUGAGAGCAACAAAAAACUUCUGCAUGGCGCUGACAAAAGGGUAACCUCACUUGCAUUCACCUGUUGGGUUGUUGAAAUUUUGAACAGGGAUUUGAGAAUAAAUUGAUGGUUAGCAAUGACUGACUUUUUGUCUCAAUUUUACAGCCAAAGUACAUCCAUCAGUUGAUGAAAGCAGUUGAGGACCGGAAGAAAGAACAGGAACGAAGAGAAGAGAGGAAGAUUCAGAAGGAAAGGGAGGCAGAAGGAGAAGAGUUUGCAGACAAAGAGGCUUACGUCACAUCCGCUUACAGGCAAAAACUUGAAGAGCAGAAGGAGGAGCUGGAGCGAGAGAAGAGAGAAGCAGCCUUGGAAGGUUAGAAAAAUACUUCAUGACUACUAUUACCAUGCCUGCAUAUGGGGUUUGUCAGUGAUAAUUGAAAUACUAACACUCCAGAUUAUGUGUUAAUUCCUCUAAAUUGGAUUUGUCAACUAAACCUUUUACAAUCUGGGUACAGUUAUGCUUUAUUACCUGUCAAAUAAGUUAUUGCAAGCUGGAGAAAUCAGGAAAGUCACUUUAAAUGAGUUGAGGAGUAUUUUUAAGGUCUUAAAAAGGUUGCUGGUUAUGGUACAUGAAAUAAUAUUCACAAUUUGCCUGAGCUGAACUCUCUUUCUUUACUUAGCUGCCCUAGACGUAAAGAAACAAAAAGACUUGAGCGGCUUCUACCGACACCUGCUGAAUCAGACUGUCGGAGAGGAGGAAGUACCAGAUCGCUCAGCAGCCAAGUAAAUCAAAGAUCCUUGUUUCUUGGUCAUUCAUGAUUUCAAUUGUCAAUAGUAAAACAAAAAUAUUAAACCUCUUUCUUCCUUUUCCCACAGAAAUCAAGCCUCAAAAGACACUGAGAGGACUUCACCUGUACCUUCACCAACAUCCCAUGAAAAAAUCCCAAGUUCAUGUAGUGACAGUGAGGAGGGGCAUGAGCAGAGAUCCGGGUUUAACAAGCCUGGAAUUGGCUCCACUCAUUCAAAACGCCAAUACAGACAGAGGUCGCCUUCAUCAGGAAGUGCAGAGGAGAAGGAGAAAGAGAGGGAGAGAGACAGACAUAAGAAAAGCCACAGAGAUCAAGGCAGAGACAGGGACAGAGACAGAGAUAGAGACAAAGAGAGGGACAGAGAAAGAGACAGAGACAGGGACAGAGACAAAGACCGAGACAGAGAGAGGGAUAGACAUAAAAACAGAGACAGGGACAGGGACAGUGAUAGAAACAGGGGAAGGGAAAGAGAUGAAAGACACGGGGGAAGAAGAGAUGACAGAGAUAGAAAGAAAGACAGGGACAAGGACAGAGACAGAGGCAGAGAAGACGACAAAAACAGAGGCAAGGGGCAUACAGCCCGGGAAGACAGGCAGGGGAAGAGAGAGAGAAGCCCUAAAGACAGAGAGAGAGAUACGAACGGAGAGAGAGAGAAGAGGACAAAUCCAGAUGAGGACAAACAGAGGGACAAAGACCGUGAAAAAGAGAGGGAGAGAGGAAAGGAGGCAGAUAAGGAGAUAUUGGUGGAGAAAGAAGAGAAAGAUCAGGAGAGGAAGGAAGAAGCCACAAAGGAGAAAGAGGAUGUACAAAGACAGGAAGGUGAGGAUCAGGCCAACAAGUUUGCAAAGCGAAGCACGGAUCAGACUGUUAGUUCAGCGAGAGAGCGGUUCAUGGCCAGACAGAUGGCACGCUCGGCCUGUAAAGCCUACAUAGAGAAAGAGGAGGACUGAGGGCUGAAUUCCUGAAACAUCCCAACAUGGCAUGAAGCCUCUUUUUCAAAUGUAGACAAUAAGGAUUUUGUUAUUUAAUUUCUGUCUCCCCUAUAUAUUUUAUUAAAAGAACAAAACCAAAAAUGUUAAGUUGUUUCUUCUUGAAUACUUAAAUCUUCCUAAACUGCUACUAAAGCCAUUAAACUCCUGCAUGGUUUGGUGAGUCCCCAUAACAGCAGGGAAAUGUAGUUUUUACUCAGUAUUCCUGAAAAAGACAGAAAAACAGACUUUUUUUUUUGCAAACAUUUGGAGGCUUGAAUUAAAACACAUUUGCUGCCACAGAGUUUUGUGGCACUUGUACAUUUUGUGGGGAAUCAAUUCACUGUGACAACUGAGGUGACUUUUUUGUUCAAGUUUUGGACGACAGAAGAGAAACAUUUUACACUUAUGCUAAACAUUUGAUACUUGUCAGAAGGAGCAUUUCAGUGUUAAUUUUUGUAUUGUAACGUAAUUUUUCGAAAAAGCACUACACUUUGUAAACAUCCUGCCACUGAACCUACGGUAUGCUGCAGUGGAGAUGUUCAAACAGCAGAGUGUGCUCACGGUCUUUAAUGAGGGUUUCCUAUUAGCCUGAAGGAGGUGGGUUGUUGAUUUCUUACUGUGAAACAAGGGUGCUGACUUGUACAUAUGAGUUGUGAUAGAAGCCUCUGGAAAUACACCAUAAAUAAUGACUGUACAUAGGAAAUAUUGUGUCACCUUAUUUCUGAGGAUGAAUAAAUAUGGGGUUAUGAGUGAGUUGUUGAAGUUGUUUGUUUUCUGUUGACUGUUGAAUUAUUAAAAUAAUCCCCUCUCGACAUUCUCA